AAAAUACUGUACUGUGGAGGCAUAUUUAAUUGUCAGGAAAAAUUCAGGAAAAGGGAGAAGAAAACAAAGGGAGAGCUAGAGAGGAGCAACAGAGAGAAAAGAAAGAGAAAAAGGUGCCAUUCAAAAGUUCAUUCACCCAUUAUGCAUGCAGUGUCUAUGUUGACCUCUAGAUGGAGCCAUAACAGCUUUCAGUGUUUUAUGUGAUUCGGUGAUUGGAUUGAGGGCAGGGUGUAGCAAAGCCAACUAAAACGCUGCUGCUGUAUUUACUGUCGAGAAUUAAUUUCAUUUUCAGUAGAUGGAAAUAAAGCAAAUAUUAAGGUUCAGUGACAUUGACAGUUUUUAAUUUAGACCUCAAAUUAUAACAAAAACACAUCCAGCUUUUCUUCUAAUUUGAGUUUUUUUUUAAUAUAAUUUACUUUAGAAAGUUACAGCUCAGUUUUUCCAAGACAUAAUUAGCAAAUCUAUCACAAAACACUAAACUUGCCUGUUCCCAAACCUAACCCUGAUCAUAACCCUAACCUUAUAGGUACACUUUGUAACUUUUUGGUGGGUCCAUCACUGCUUGUUUCUGUGGAGAUGUCAUUGCUCUGCCUGGAAUGUUCCACAGUAUCACAUUAAACAGCUCUAUGUUACAUUUAUUCAAUUACACAUGGUUUUAUAGCUCAAAUAUACCUAGAAAAACAGACAUUGUGAGCGGGGUCGCCUCUCCACAGAUCUGACCUGUAACUGGGUCUGGUUUGGUUUCCAUGAAGAUGGAAAGGUUUAAUGCCAUACAUACUACUGCUAACCUGAUGUGAAAAAUACAUAGACAAAAUCUGCAUUUGUGAAUGUGGCCACUCAUAGAAAGUGACUUUUGAUUGCCAUAACUGUGUUUGGAAGAAAAAUGUGCCACCUUGAUGCAUCAGCAGAAAACAGAAGAAAAGCUGGAUGUGUUUUUGUUAUAAUUUGAGGUUUAACUUAAACUUUGUCAUCAAAAAGUAUUUUUUAGAUGCAUCUUUAGCUUUUAUUAUGCUAAAAAAAACAUAAUAGAGUUAAAGUUUCAUUACAACCAAUUUGGCAUAAUAUUUCUUCUUUAAGUGGGCUGUAAAGCUUAAUUUUUUGCUUCUCUGCCAUUAAAUGUAGCUCUCGUGAGUAGACUGUACUUAAAAUUGUACUCUUUAAUGAGAUGAGCAGAGCAUGGUGGCUAAUGGGAGGCGUGGAAAGACAUAUCUGAUCUCAAACCUGGUUCCUGUGUCCUGCGCUGUGGCAUUUCCUCUGUUGUCUUGUUGACAUAACCACAGCUUAAAAUAUGAGGAGAAGCAACUCUAAAAUCUUCACUCACGCAGAGAGAGAGUGGGUAGAGGAGGCCCUGUAUCUGGAGCACCAUCAUACCCCGGGCCUGGCGUGUGCUGUAAAGAGACUCAUGUCAGGGCGUCUCCACCUGCCCCGGCUCUCCUGCAGACCGCCCCACCUCAGCUCGGAUGAGCUCACACCCAGAGACAGGCUCCCGGACCUGGGCACAGCUCUGGAGAGUGAGGGGCCCUGUGAUGGAGCCCCAGAGGACCCCCUGUUCUCAGAGUCUCACCGCAAACUCAAACACUCCCGGAGCCUGGGCACGCUCACCAGUUGCAUCUCCAGGAUGUUUUUCGAUGUGGAGAAUGGGCUCUCGGUGGGACGCAGCCCUCUGGACGCUCAGGCCUCCCCCGGCUCCGGUCUGGUCCUCCAGGCCAACUUCCCCCACAGCCAGCGCCGAGAGUCCUUCCUGUACCGCUCCGACUCAGACUUCGACCUGUCCCCAAAGGUCCCAUCCAGGAACUCAUCUGGAGCCAGCGACCUGGAGGAAAGCUUGAAGCACUGGGAGGUCAACUGGUUGUCAUCUCGACAUACAGAGGACAUGAUUGUGACACCAUUUGCACAGGUCUUGGCCAGUCUGCGGACAGUCCGGAGUAACUUCGCCGUCAUCACCGGACAGCAGGACCGCACAGCCAGCAAAACAAGAUCCUCAGGAAGCAACCCACCGUCCAUGUGCAAGACCAGCCUCGCAGAGGAGCCUCACCAGCAGUUGGCCAUAGAGACCCUGGACGAGCUGGACUGGUGUCUGGAGCAGCUGGAGACACUAAAGACGCGACACUCUGUCAGUGAAAUGGCUUCCACAAAGUUCAAGAGGAUGCUGAAUCGAGAGCUCACUCAGCUGUCAGAGACCAGCCGCUCCGGAAACCAGGUGUCCGAGUUCAUUUCCAGCACAUUCCUCGAAAAGCAACAUGACAUGGACAUCAUGUCUCCUCCGGCCAAAGAAAAGGACAAGAAGAAAAGGCCCAUGUCCCAGAUCAGUGGAGUGAAGAAGGCCACACAGAGCCCGAGCAUCGCCGCCUCCACCAUCCCACGCUUCGGGGUGGCGCCGUGUCAGGAGGGGCUGCUGGCCAAGGAACUGGAGGACAUUAACCGAUGGGGCAUAGACAUCUUUAAAAUAUCUGAGUACUCUGGAUCCCGCCCACUCACGGUCACCAUGUACACCAUCUUCCAGGAGCGUGACCUGCUGAAGUCCUUUAAGAUCCCUGCAGACACCUUCAUCACCUUCAUGAUGACGUUAGAGGAGCAUUAUCACGCAGACGUGGCCUAUCACAACAACAUCCACGCAGCAGAUGUGGUCCAGUCCACACACGUGCUGCUUUCCACACCAGCACUAGAGGCUGUGUUCACAGACCUGGAGAUCCUGGCAGCUCUGUUUGCGAGUGCCAUUCAUGAUGUGGACCAUCCUGGAGUCUCCAACCAGUUCCUCAUCAACACCAACUCGGAGCUGGCUCUGAUGUACAAUGAUGCGUCUGUGCUGGAGAACCAUCACUUGGCCGUGGGCUUCAAACUCCUUCAGGAGGAAAACUGUGACAUCUUCCAGAACCUCAGCAAAAAGCAGAGGCAGUCUCUGCGUAAAAUGGUGAUAGACAUGGUGCUGGCCACAGACAUGUCCAAACACAUGAACCUUCUGGCUGACCUCAAAACUAUGGUAGAGACCAAGAAAGUGACCAGUCUGGGAGUGCUCCUGCUGGACAACUACUCCGACCGCAUACAGGUGCUGCAGAACAUGGUGCACUGUGCAGACCUCAGUAACCCCACCAAACCUCUGGAGCUGUACAGACAGUGGACCGACCGCAUCAUGGUGGAGUUCUUCACUCAGGGCGACCGCGAGAGGGACAAAGGCAUGGAGGUCAGCCCCAUGUGUGACAAGCACAACGCCUCCAUCGAGAAGAACCAGGUGGGCUUCAUUGACUACAUCGUGCACCCGCUGUGGGAGACGUGGGCAGACCUGGUCCACCCCGACGCCCAAGAAAUUCUGGACACAUUAGAAGACAACAGGGAGUGGUACCAGAGCAUGAUCCCCCACAGCCCCUCGCCCCACCCCGACUGUCCAGAGGGGGGCGCCACUCCCAUAUCCACCUCCGACCCCUCCGCUCCCAACACCUCCGCCGACAAAUUCCAGUUUGAACUCACCCUGGAGGAGGAGGGCGAGUCGGACAGCGAGAGCCCCGCGGAGGAGCAGGAGAGUGGGGACGUGUCACGGACUGGGACCCUCAAAAGAUCUGGAGAUGGAAGGACGUUUUCCAUUGACCAGACAGAGAAAGACGGCGGGAUUUCGGGUUUGUUCAAAAUCGGAACAUAGCGUCGUUUUUUUGUCGUUUGAUUUUAGUUCCAGUUUUUUGGAACUUUUUUUUGGAUAAGCAGGAAUUGUGGAGUUUGCACUGGAGAGAGACUGAGCUGGAGCUUCCACACCAACAAAACACGUGGCCCUUUCUUAGACUUUUUUGUGAAGGAGUUUUAAAAUCCAACAUGGCCGUCUUCCUGUUGUUCAGAAAGUCAGUGACACUUGGAAACUUCCAGGACAUUUUAGUCUUUUUAAAUUUUGUUUAUUUAAGACCACUGAAGAGGAGGUGGAGCUAUGCAGGAGUUGUUUAUGUAGCAAUUGUAUUAUUACUGAUAUCCUUUAACUUAACACAUGAAUAGAAAGGUGGUACACUAUUUUACUGAGGAUUUGUGCUUAUAUUUAAAUCAAAAUUUCUGAAUGGCUUUUGCUCCAAUUCCACAUUUAUUACCACUUUAACUGAUUUCUGCCGUUUGUUUUAAAAGGCCUUUACUGCACUAUUUUCAUCUGUGUUCGAAUGUUUUUUUCUCGUCACAAACACACCUGGAGUUGUGUUUCGUUUCAUUUAACAUACAAACCAAAACACAAAAUUUAGGCUGGGUUCUUCUCUCAAACUGAAAACACCCUAUUCCACUUUGUGAUGUCAUUAAGUGGUAAUACAGGAAAUGCUCCACUGUGUUUUUAAACUUCAAACACAUUCUUUAGAAUCAUUUUGAUCAUUUCAGCCGUGGAUUUGCCUUUGCCUUUGAAACAGCUCUCGUUUUAGCCUCAUUGAAACUGCUUCACUCCUCUGUGCACCAGCAGAUAUUAGAGACUUUCUACUGAAAAUCUCACCUGUACAGAAGUUAAAAAUAUGCAAAACAAAAGCAACAACUUGAGGAGUAAAGCAGGUCAAUUGAUGCUAAAAAAAGGAGCUGUUAACUUUAAAACUAUCACUGAAUGAUAUCAUGACGUGGAACAGAGCGUCUUAAGCUUUGGGGAUGCAGACAGUAAUAAUGCAGGAUUACUCAAACUUGUGUGAAUGAAACAAAACACAACUCCAGGUGUGUUUUUGAGGAGGAAACCGCAUGAUAACAGGACUUAAACCUCACAUGAGUCAUUUUUGUGUAAUAUAGGACCUUUAAACACAAUUUUAUUUUUACAGUGAUUAUAGUUUCAUAUUUUUGACCCCACAUUAUUGACAAAUUACCUUUUAAUACACCACAGCCGCUGAAGUGAAACAGCAACAAAGCAGAUCCAUAAAAAUCCAUUGGAAGCUGUGUGGCGCCAUCUGGUGUUGUUCAUCGGUAUCGUCAGAACUCUGUAGGACAAAAUUGAGAUACCAGUUUUGCUUAUACAUGAUAAUGUUAUUGUUAUUUAACUCACUCCAACUUUACGACACCCUUUUAUCAGUUUGCCUUAGCACUUUAGUUAUAUUUUUGUUAAAUUUUUUGCCAGCCCUUUUAUUGGGAAGGGCUUGAGAUGACACAAAGGAGGCUAUAGACUGAAACUGAAUAACUACUACCAAAAAAAAAAAAAAAAAAAAAAAAAAAAUCAACACUACUUUACAGGUUAAAUCUUCCAAUUGCUUUACUCUUCCUGUACAAAAGUCUGAGCACUGCACGCUGUGUUUUUUUUUUCUACCCCAUGAUACACAAUCAAACCGUUACCAUGGGAACGACUGUAAACCGAAAACCAAACCAGGCCGCAGAUGUCCGUGCCAAAUUUUGAGCGAUGAUGGUUCAAUAUUUCCACCGGGGACUCGCGGUCAAUGUCAGAACAAGUGCCAACCAUAACACGAAGCGUACUGUAUUUUCCACUCUGCCCUUGGCUAAUUUCCAUGAGUCGCUUUGAUUGUAGCCCCUGUGCUUAUCUGAACUACAUUGUCUUAAAAAAAAAAAAACUGUGGUGAGUGAUUUUGUUUUGUUUUCUUUCUGAAGAUUUGCUACGAAAAACAGACUAGAAAACCAGAAAAAAGAGAUCCGAAGCACUUUGUAUUGUAUCCUCCCUGCACUUCCAGCGAGAGUGAGCGGCGCCCCCUGUAGGCAGUGGAUGAGAGGCCCGCUCAUGUGUAUUACGGACUGUACAAACCUACUGUGAUGUGGCGAAUGCAUGACACUGCCUGUGAGUCCAGUGUGACGUGCUCCGCCAUCAGCCAUGAAGUCAACAGGGUCUAAUCUAAUCUAACUUUUUGGUUAAGGGUCCGUCACCUGCUUGUUUCUGUGGAUAUAUCACUGCUCUGCCUGGAAUGUUCCACAGUGUGACAUUAAACAGUUUUACUUUACAUUUACUCGAUUACAGGUGCUUUUAUAAUUCAAAAAUAUCUAGAAAAACAGACACUGUGACUGAGCAGGGUCACCUCUCCACAGAUCUGACCCUCUCAUAAUGUGUGCAUUGUGUCUCCAUGGUAACUGAUCAACAUUUUGCCAUAGAAAUACAUGUAGAACCCACCUAAACAGAACUAUGAAAGCUGGUUGUGAAAGCUGUGUUAUUUAAAACCAUAUUUUUUCUGGAGUUUUCAGACUUUUUUGACUGUUUGCUAAUGUGUGCAUUGUGUCUCCAUGGUAACUGAUCAACUGAUUCCGCCAUAGAGAUACAUGUAGAAACCCUCCCUGAAGAUAGAAAUGUUUAAUACCACACUGUGAAAUAUUCCAGACAAAACAACAUCUCCAUGAAGAAAAGUGUUUGGGACCAUCAUUAUAAUGUCGUCCCCUCAUCAAAAACUUGUCUUAAGAGGUUUUAGAAAUCAUCUGUGCAUGUUUGAGUAAUUUAAUGAUCUCUCCCGGGCCUUAUUCAAACCCUCCUUACAGUUAACAGUCCAGUUUUGUCCUAAACUCAGCCCACUCAACUAUUUUCCACAAAUAUACCAAAGUAUGAUUCAAAACAAAACUCUCCAACUUCAUAAACCUUCAGUAGUGAAGUUGUAAUGUGAUAGUGCUCUGAAGGGGGAGUGGCUUAGUGCAGGGAGCAUAAGGAUAAGGGAUUCAGAAGGUCAAAAACAAAAGUAAACUAGAUACAUUUUCGGGGAAUACAGCAUUUUCAGAUCAAUAAAAGGUAACAGGGAGAUCUUUAUAUGUUAAUAAGCAUAAAAGACGAAAGACUAAUCGGCUUCAUCACUUUUAAUCUGAAUUUGAAAACCUAUGCAAAAUAAAACUUGAAAGAUCUACAGCUGCUCAAAAGCUAAUUCUAAUUUUAUGCAGAAAAUGUGGUGUCAUUUGAAAAUGUAACUGAAUUAAUUAAUGUAAGUGACGUAGGUGUGUUCAUUCAGUUUAAGUUCAACAUUUGGGAUUUUUUCUUUAAAAUAUUAUUCAAACUGCAUAUGACAGGUUCUUAUACUUUUCUAAUUAUUAUAAUAUAAUAAUGAUAUACCUGUGGAAAAUACUUAGCACAGUUUGAGGUCAGUUCAGUGGUAAGAAAAGUACCAAAAUACCAAUGUUAUCAAUUCCAAAAGAAAAGAAAUGUAGAUACAAAUUACACUCAAAGAAGACAUUUUUCUGACAUUUUGAACACUGAUUUAACUAAGCACAGGUGUUAGAAUAAUUUUUUGUUAACAUUAAGGUUGCUAGGUAACAGUUAUGGCAUGAUCUCUAGAUCCUGUUUGUCGUAUGUGCUGCCCGUGUCCAACCAGCAAGGAAAAUUACAAACUUGAUCAAAAUUUUAAAACUAGCGAAAACUAGACAAGAUUUUAGGUCAAAUUUAAAAUAUAAGGAAGUUUAGAAAUGAGUAAUCUAACCUGUCAAAUAUACUUGAAGAAAAUACUGCAUAACUGAUCGAGAAACAAACACAGUAUAGAAGUAAAGUAGAACUGGGUGUGUACUGAGACUUUAUUAAUACCUUGAUUUUUAAAUUUAAUUUUUUUUUUCUAGCACCACCACUGCAAUACUGAUAUCAAAUGUACACUAUGUAACUUUUCUUGAGGAUACACUUGAUUUGAAAGUGAAAUGGGGGUUUGAGUUGGGGUUAUAUUGAUAUGGCUGAAGUUAAUUCCACUUUCAUUAGUGUUCAGACGAAGCAGAGCAGUGACAUCUCCAUAGAAACAAGCAGGUGACGGACCCAAACCCCAACUUUAAGCUUCCAAAACUCGUCUUCCAAUUCUAAAAGUAAAAGUUUCUUCCAAUACGCUACUCGUUCUUCUUCUUCCAUUUCCUUUUUCAGAUUCUUCUUCUAUGGCUGCUUGGCGCUCAUGCAACAUGUGGACGUGUUCAUAUUGGAGACAGAACAUUGCAUUUUAUUGUGUGAAAUGACGUUACCGCCUUAUUUUAUUUAUUUAACUUUUUUCAAGCUGGUUUUAAGAUGCUGAAUUCCUCUGUAAAGCAGUCCACCUCACUCCAGGAUGCCUUUAACACUAAAAAAGGACUAACUGCCACCAUUACAAAGCACUGUUGUUGACCGCUUUUAUGGAACAUUAUUUAUUUCAUGUGGUUUGGUCUGUGAGGGAGUUGAUUUUGUGAGUUCUUCCAUUCGUUCCUUCCUCGCCCAGUUACCUCGCUGUGGUAGACUUUCAUUUCCUUAACUUCCUUCUCUUCAAUUCCUCCUUGUACUACCAUUUUUAAUCUGUCAAUCAAAUGCGGCAUGUUAAAGGGCCCAUAUGACACUGUUCUCUGAUCUGUGGUAUAAUGUUUCCUCAUCACAAACUUCAGUGCUGAGUUGUGUUUUGUUUCAUUCACAUGUUUCACACUCACAUCCUGCAGAUUUAGGCUGAGCUCUUCUCUCAAACUGAAAACACUCUGUUCCACCUUGUGCUGUCAUGUGGUAAUACAGGAAGUGCUCCACUGUGUGUUUUUUUUUAAAACUCCUUCACUAGAAUCAUUUGGAUUAGACCUGGAAUUGCCAAUCUCUACUAAACUAAAGGUAAAAGGUAACAUGAAAACUACCACUUCAUGACAUCACAAAGUGGAACAGAGCAUUUUGAAGCAUAAUGAAGGAUUAAUCAAACGUGUGAAUGGAAUGAAACACAACUCCAGGUCUGUUUUUGAAGAGGUAAAAACAUUCUAGGAAAGUCUGUCCUCUCCUUUCUCCUCCUCUCUCCUCUCCUCCUCUGCUCCUCUCCUCCUCAUUCCUCUGCUCCUCUCCUCCUCUCCUCUUCUCCUCUGCUCCUCUCUCCUCUCCUCCUCUGCUCCUCUUCUCCUCUGCUCCUCUCCUCCUCUGCUCCUCUCCCCUCUCCUCUCCUCCUCUGCUCCUCUUUCCUCUCCUCCUCUCUGUUUCUCCUCUGUGGCUGGGACUUCUUCACCUGUUUCCUGCAGAAUCGAGGAGAGGAAUCAAGGAGAAGGAGGCAAAGAAAGAGAAUGAGACAGGGACUCUGUAGCCACAUUGGCUCUGUAGUCUCCAUGUUGGUUGUAUCUGUGGUUUUCUCAGAGGUUUCUGACACGGCUCGUACAGUCUGACUCUUGCACCUUUGACAAUCUCAACAGCAGUGUGUGUCCUCUCUCUGACUGUAAUGCCUUUGCCAAUAAAGGUGAAACUCUU